CCCGGCGCGCCGCGGGCAGCCCGGGGGUCCUCGGCGCGGCUUGAAGGCGGCAAGAUGGCGCCCAAAGGGAAGAGCGGCGGCAAGGCGGGGAAGGGCGGUGGCGGCGACAGCGGCGAGGGCAAAGCGCAGGGCGCGAAGGGAGGCGGCAGCGCCGUGAAGGUUCGGCACAUCCUGUGCGAAAAGCACGGCAGAGCCAUGGAGGCGAUGGAGAAGCUGAAAUCCGGCGUGCGCUUCAGCGAGGUCGCCUCGCAGUACAGCGAGGACAAGGCCAGGCAAGGGGGAGACUUGGGCUGGAUGACCAGAGGCUCCAUGGUGGGACCCUUCCAGGAAGCAGCGUUCGCCUUGCCCGUGAGCAGCAUGGACAAGCCGGUGUAUACAGACCCUCCUGUCAAAACAAAGUUCGGGUACCACAUUAUCAUGGUGGAAGGCAGAAAAUAAAAUGUGAAUGACCGUGA